UUCUAAACUAUUCGAACUACCCUCGCAGACGAGCUUCGCCCCACAAUGCAUCGCGACAGGCAGCCUUUGAAAAAGCGGCGCGGCUCAUUCAAGAUGGCGGAGCUCGAUCAGCUGCCUGAUGAGAGCUCUUCUGCCAAAGCCCUUGUCAGCUUAAAAGAAGGAAGCCUGUCAAGCACGUGGAAUGAAAAGUACAGCCCUGCAUCUAAAACUCCAAAUUGGAAAGGUAAAAGCUCUCCAUGUGCAAUGGAAACGCCAAACAAAAGCUCCAAAAGAAGUCGACUGUGUUGUGAAGAUGAUGAUCGACCAUUAUCUACAAGGUCUCCAAAAAGAAAUCAGAGAGUUGGAAUGAUACCAAGGAAAAUGACGCCAACUAUGGGAACACCAGAUAAGAAAGCUUCACAGAAAAUAGGUUUACGAUUACGGAACCUACUCAAACUUCCAAAGGCACACAAGUGGUGCAUAUAUGAAUGGUUUUAUUCAAAUAUAGAUAAACCUCUUUUUGAAGGAGACAAUGACUUCUGUGUCUGUCUGAAGGAAUCUUUUCCAAACUUGAAAACUAGAAAAUUAACAAGAGUAGAAUGGGGAAAGAUAAGGAGAUUAAUGGGAAAACCUCGAAGGUGUUCAUUAGCAUUCUUUGAAGAGGAACGAGCAGCACUACAACAGAAAAGGCAAAGAAUUAGACUAUUGCAGCAGAGAAAGGUGACUGAUGUUUCACAAUUUAAAGAUCUUCCAGAAGAGAUUCCACUACCCCUUGUUAUUGGGACCAAAGUCACAGCACGUCUACGAGGUGUUCAUGAUGGUCUGUUCACGGGUCAGAUAGAUGCUGUUGAUACUAUAAAUGCCACUUACAGAGUAACGUUUGACCGAACAGGGCUUGGAACGCACACUGUCCCUGAUUAUGAAGUCCUUAGCAAUGAACCUCAUGAAACAAUGCCUAUUGCUGCCUUUGCACAAAAACAGCGGCCGUCUAGAUGCUUUAUGACCCCUGUACGACUGACAUACUCAUCUUCUGCACAAUCCCCCAUUUCAGAUGCAGAUCCUUUACUUGCACAAUCUCCUUGGAAAAACAAACUUUCAGGUAGUGAUGGAGACACACUUGGAGGCUUCCCUGUAGAAUUUCUUGUACAAGUGACAAGACUAUCAAAAAUCCUUAUGAUCAAAAAAGAACAUAUCCGACAGUUGCGGGAAAUGAACACACAUGCGGAAAAACUGAAAUCUUGCUCUAUACCCAUCAGCAUCGAGUUUCAGAAACGAUAUGCAACUGUUGUUUUAGACCUUGAACAACUGAACAAGGAUCUGAACAAAGUUCUUCACAAAGUUCAGCAGUACUGUUAUGAGCUUGCCCCAGAACAAGGUCUGCAGCCAUCUGAUCAGCCUACAGAUUUGAGACGCAGAUGUGAGGAAGAUGCUCAGGAACUCGUCCGACAAGCAAAUUCCUCUGCAACAGGGCAUCCCUGUGUUCAUAAUGAGAAUUUGACAGACUUAAUUUCGAGGUUAACUGCAAUACUUCUACAGAUCAAGUGCCUAGCUGAAGGAGGAGACUUGAACUCUUUUGAAUUUAAAUCACUAACAGAUUCAUUGAAUGACAUCAAGAGUACAAUUGAUGCUUCCAAUAUAAGCUGCUUUCAGAAUAAUGUAGAAAUCCAUGUUGCACAUAUUCAGAGUGGCCUAAGUCAGAUGGGAAACUUGCACGCCUUUGCAGCUAAUAAUACCAACCGGGACUGAACAGAAUUUUGAGCAUGCCAGCUGAAUUUUGCAGAGCCAUGGACUACCUUGCCCACCUUUUUUUGACACCAGAUUAUCCUAACCUGCCUUUGGAAUGUUGGAAGAAAACAAAAAAAAGACCAGCAAUGUUUUUCUCUUUUUUAACAGCACUUCAAAAAAUUGUGGCAUUAUUUUAUGCUGUUCAUUUCUUAUUUAUACAACACUAUUUACUUUCUGGAUACACCCAUGUAUGUAAAUGUAUUCUAAAAGUUUUAUCUGUAAAUAGACUUACAUAUGUAAAAUAUGAAGAUGUAUUGUUUCAGAAUAUGAUGUACUUAUGAUAUUGUUUGAUGUAAACAGUCCUUUUAAGAGGAAGUAUUAUGAGAUCCUGAGGGCAGGUAGUUAUACAAAGCUAGAUUGGGGCAAGGUUUCUCUGUAAGUCUGGUGUGUAGAAGUCUUAUUGUCUUUUCAGGAUUCUUGCACUGUAGGAUACCUGUUUUUGGAUUCUUAGCACAUCGUCUCACUUUAUUGCAAUAGACAAGCUUAUUGUGUCUCCAUCUGAAAUUUUCAGGAAGUGUCUAGGAGGACCAGAAAAGAGAGAGCAUCUCAGAUAAAUUCCUUUUGUAACAAAAAGUGCUUUUCAUCUUGUGUAGCAGUUUGAUGAAAACAUCUUUAUACAGCUGGGUUGCUUGUCCUUCUGUGGCAGUAUUUACAGUGUGUAUGCAGAUAUUUUGCAAAGUUACUCUGAAGUUUUGCAAAAAUGUAGUGAGCUGGUAAGCUGUAUGAGAGAGCUGAAUGUUAAUAUUCAUUUCACACUCACAAAGUUCUAACAAGCAUCCCUGAAGAGUGUGCAUUAAACAGUAUCAAGUGGGAGGAGAUGUGUUUACAUACUGGAAUAGCACACUGAUGAGAUUAUUUUCUGUGAUUUGCAUUUCACCUAAUAACCACCCCAACACAAUUUGGCUUAUUAACAUCUCUACAUAACAGUAGGGUGUGUACAGUUUAGAAUAAACCAGGAAAGGAACCUUUGAAACCUUAUGAUGUAGGACAUCUCUAUAGUAGUUAUGCAAACAAACAUCUUAAAAGUUAUAUGCUUGAAGGUUUAUUAUGGGGGAAAUGUUAUAUGAUUUGACAGAUGUCAGAAAUUAGUAGUAAUCACAGAACUGCAGGUAAGCAUUUGUAGUCCUGUUGUAGCUUCUGUCUGCUUGGUAGCAGCAGUGCUUUGUGGCCCAGCCACUGUGUAAUAUCAGUGUUGCAUUUGUGGCUUUUGAUAUUACACUCACUCUACUUAUGUAGCCACCUCCGUGGUUGUAACAUCAAAUGAAGCAAAGAGGGACAUAUCAUUUGAUGUUUUUUUAUGUAGUUGCCCAAGAAACUAGUAUAAUCCUUACAACGAGUCUCUAAUUAUUUGCAUUUGUUGUAAUAAAAGUUAAAGUUCCCAUCCAUAAGUGGGAAGAAGUAGGGUAAUCAGAAUUUAGAGAAACAGAAUAAUGUGUAAAGAAUAUCAAAUUUUCAUUUCUUUAGUGUUCUCCACAGUGCUUUCCCUUUACUCAAUUGUUAAUCUGUCCUUUAUUUCCCCGAACUGCUUUGAAAAUGAGUCAUUUAGCACAGUACUGAAUUUAGAGGUUUUAGAAGCACUGGAGGGAAUGCAGCAUUGUACUUUGCCUGCAAGAGCUGACAGGGUUUGAUGUUGGGUCAAGUGGAUGAGCAAAGUAACUCUUCAGGGCAGUUUUAUCUUAAGGCUGAACUUUGCAAGUCUCCAAAAUUGAUAUAUUGCACAUAGUUGCAGAAUUGCUAGUACGGGAACAGUUCAUCAAGCAUUAAUUAGAUGAGCCAGUCACACUGAAUAAGCGAAGAACAAUUAUAUUGUUCUUCAAGAGUAACUUUAGUAUACACAGGUGGCAGCCUGACUGUUAACAUCAACACCAAGGUUAUUGCACUUUCAAGGGGAGGGUCUUUCUAGUUAGGGCCAGUUUCAUGGACCUCUACACACUUGGCAGCAGUUAUUUAAAGUUAAUAACUUUAGAAACCUGUAUGUUCAGAGUAUGUCAUCUUUGAAUGCUGUUUUUUUUUUUAUGCUGAAUCACUGAAACUAGUCUUCAGUGAACUUCGGUUUUCACCAAGUCUGAUUUCUCCCACUGCACACAAUCUCCCAGGCACUUCAGGCAAUAAUUUUUUCAGGUAGCUUACGGGAAUGCAAUUGGUUUAUUUAUUUAUUUAUUUAUUUGUAGUUAGCAGUCCUGAGAAGGUGCAUUGUGCCAUUUCUUUAAUGUUCUUGUUGGUGCCAGGAGGGAAAUAAUGUUUAAGUAAAUAGGAUGUGAUUGUAACUGGUUGAUGCAUACAAAUUGAAGAGUGAGUAAGUUGAAAAAUUUAAAAAGCUGUAACUGGGGUAGUGCCACUUCAGAAGUGAAAGCAUAUCAUUCAGGGAGAAGCAACCUGAAAUGGCAAGCAGAAGUUAAAAAAACAUUGUAUUUAAUUAUUUCCCCAAGCCAUCCAGACAGUACUUGUAAAGGGCCUAGUGGUACUUCUAUUGUUGCCCUGAUAUAAGGAUACUUAGUUGAAUUCUUCAAUUAAAUAUGUAUACAGAUAUCCAGACACUCCUCGAAGCAUUUGGGAAACUGCGCCUGUCUUUUCCUAGAACGAGUUAGGGGAUGUUGAGUAAUAAGGAGAGCUGUGUAUUGCAGAAAAUUUUAUAUGUUUUGGAGAGUUAAUCUUGUAAAAAUUUGUAUUGGAUUUAUUUAGUUAAUGUAGAAUAUUGUAAAGCUGACUGUAUUGCAUUUCAGUUUUGGAGUUUUAGCGGGUGUCUUAGAUUGAUGCCUGAAGUGGAGUUUUUUAUAUUUGUGUAAAAAUGUAUACUGGGAUUGUUUUCAUUUUAAAAAUUUUGUAUAUUUUCAAGAAGUGUUUAUCUUUUAUUGUUGUUAAUGCCCCCAUUGCAACUUGUUUCCUGCAGAGUUUAUAUUUACAUGAACUUGUCUUCUGUUAAUAAAUCCAUAACUUUUAUUUGGCAAUAAAUUUUUAAUGCUGA